AUGUUCCUGACUCUGAGCGCCAGUGAAACUCAAUGGCCUCUUUUGUUGAAGCAGCUACACAAACUCUCCAGUGAGUAUAACGGCAUUGCUUUAACGGACCCGCUGCAGGAGCUGAGUGCUCUACAGCGAGCAACGCUGGUCAAUGACGAUGCCGUCACGUGCUGCUUGUACUUCAACAAGCUUGUCGAUGUUCUCAUGACGAUCCUUUCUUCACCAAGGUUCAGCCCGUUGGGAAAGCAUUACGUCGUGGACUCCUUCAAGCGCAUCGAGUUUCAGCAUCGCGGCAGCCCACAUGCACAUAUCAUGCUUUGGCUCGCAAACGAUCCUAACGAAACUGUUUCUGAAGAUAUGCCUGCUACAAUGGAACUUAUUAGGAAAGUUAGUUCCAUCAGCGCUGUGCAUUUGCCGGAAACGAUCAAGAAGCAGAUUCAUGACCACACGCGUACUUGCUACAAACGUAAUGAAAAGCGUUGCAGGUUUUACAUACCGUACUGGCCAAUGAACGAAGAGCGAACACUGAUUUCUCUCACCGCUGAUGAUAGUCGCCGUGAUCGAUUGAGGAAGCGUGCCUCGGAAAUGAGACAAAUUUUGGAAACCAAGGCAUUUGACACGUUAGAGGAGUUUCUAGACGACUGUAAAUGUACAUACGAGUACUACCUUGAUGUUCUGCGUUCUUCGAUUAAGCGACCAACGAUCUUCCUGAAGCGAGUGAUGAAUGAGCUAUGGACGAAUCCUUUCAACCCAUGGAUUGCUCAAAAGCUUCGUUCUAACAUGGAUUUGCAGUUCAUCCUCGACGUGUACUCAUGUGCGUGUUACUUGGUUGACUAUGUCAACAAGUCCAACCGCGGUAUAAGUGGAUUGCAUCGAGAGCUUAUCGCUCUGCAAGAGCAGUAUCCGGACCAAGAUUACACGGCUUUGCUGAAGAAGGUUAGUUUGAAAAUGCUGAACUCUGUGGAGAUGUGUGCCCAGGAAGCUGCAUGGGUACUUCUGCGAUUGCCUAUGUCUGAAGCCAGCAGGAAAGUUCAAUUCUUACCAACGAUGUGGUCUCAUGAAAGGAUAAGAUCUAGGAAACAGUACAGGCAGAUGGAUGAAGAGGAAAUCGAUGAGGAUUCGACUGAUGUGUGGACCAAGAACAUUAUCCAGAAAUAUGAAGAGCGCGAUGGCUUAGAAGAUGUUUGUUUAGCUGACUUCGCAGCACGGUACACUCAAAGAAGAGGUACUAACACCUACACUAUCCGGAAUGUUCCACGAAUAUUGAGAUGGCGUGGCUACAGCAUGAACGAGUUGGCUGAGUACAAGCGUGAAUCGGUACUUUUGUUUUGGCCAUUCAGAAGCGAAGUCUGCGACAUUCUGGAUGGCAACAAGUUUCUUCAGCUUUAUGAUAUGAACGAGGCAGAUCUCUUGAGAAAACGAAGGGAAUAUGACUGCGAGCUGAACUUGGAACAGACUGUAGAGGAAUACCUUCGUACUUGUGAGAACGAAGAGGUUGGUGAGCAGGAGAAUGCCGCUACAGAGAAGAAUGAUGAAUUUGUGCGAACGAUCAUCAUGGAGCCCAACAACGACGAUAUUGAACAUUUGCCCACAGGAGCACUGAAUGCUAUCAUCAGGCAACGUACUAAUGUCAUGUCGAAAGAAGAUUACUGUGCAAUGGUGCGGACAACCAAUGCUGAGCAGCGCGACCUCAUCCUGCAAAUGAUCAACAGUUUGCACAGUUACGAUGAAAGCAGCAAGCCGAUGCAGAUUUUCUUUACUGGACCCGCUGGGUGCGGUAAAACAUUCACUCUGCGCAUUUUAAUGGAGACGAUAAAUCGCUACAGUCAAGCCCACAACGCGCAGAAGAACGCCUAUGUGGCGUGUGCUUCCACCGGAAAAGCAGCCGUUGCUAUAGGAGGAACAACCGUUCAUUCAGCGUUUCGGAUCACUAUGUCAAGGCGAGCCAAUUCGAAACUCAGCUUUGAGAUGCUGCAGUUGUACCGCAAUGCUUUUGCAAACAUUAAGGCGGUCAUAAUCGAUGAAGUUAGUAUGAUUGGUGCGGAUAUUCUCAACACCAUUCAUGCGCGUCUUCAGGACAUUAGUGGCAAUUAUGAUGAUCCAUUUGGCGGAAUUAACAUCGUAUUCUGUGGAGACUUGCGACAAUUGCCACCCGUCAAUGCAAGGCCUGUUUACAAGCCUACAGGUAAUUCCUUUCACGGUGCUGUUCUUUGGCAAGCAUUGGAUUUCUUACCGCUUGUUAAGGUUAUGCGGCAGACAGAUGUAGAGUUCUCCAGUAUACUCACUAAGAUUGGUAAUGGCCAGCAAAUGACUGCUGAGGAGACCAAACUGAUUGAAAGUCGGUUCCGUACUGUAGAGUGGUGUAAACAAAACGCACCAGGAGCAAUAAGGCUUUAUCAUCGGAAUGCGGAUGUUGAAGCAUACAACAACGAAGUACUACAUAAUCAGGAUGCUCUGGACUGUAUAGCGGAUGACGUUUUUGCGGGAUACAAGGACGCUGGUCAACUGGCAAGCUCUCGCAUCAAGCUCUACAAGAUGAGCGUCGUGGAAACCGGUGGGUUACCGUAUUUGCUACGCCUUUCCGUUGGUAUGCCAUACAUGAUUACAACCAACGUCGAUGUAGAAGAUGGCGUAGUGAAUGGUGCGAUAGGUGAGCUGAAAUAUAUUGAAAAGGAUGAAGACGGCUCAGUUGUGAAACUAUGGUUCAAGUAUGACAACGAGACGAUAGGUGCUGCGUUGAGGAUCAAAUCGCGACCAGCUGUCUAUUCAAGGCCAGGAAUUCUGCAACCCGAUUGGACUCCUAUUGCAAAACGUUCAGGUAACAUAAAGCUAAGCGGCAUCAUUAAAUGCAAACGCAUACAGUUUCCGGUGGUUAGUGCCUGUGCGUUAACAGUUCAUAAGUCGCAAGGAGGCACUUUCUCCGAGGUCGUGUAUGAUUAUGACAAGGCUCAAGAUCAGCAAUUGGUGUACGUUGGCUUGUCACGUGUUACGAUGCUUCAAGGCCUUUACUUGACGAACUCCACAAACUCGUUUAAAUUUCAUCAUGCUAAGGGUAGCAACUCACCAAAGAUGGUGGAUUUAAGGAACGAGUUGUUGCGUUUGGGUAAUCACCGACUGCGUACACUAGGAGAUGAACUGUGUGAAGUAGUUGAAAACAGCGGCUCUGCAUGCACAUUGAUGAGCCUCGAUGUACAGAGUUUGAACGCUCACGCGCAGGACAUAGCGACUGAUCGAAUCCUUUCAAGCGUAGAAUUUCUCGCUCUGAAUGAAACCUGGAUGGAUGCUACCUCUCCAAUAGAGAUUGAUGGAUAUAAGCGCAUCACGCAGUGCAAGCGAAUGGGUAUGAGAGCGGCUGGAGUCGCGAUCUAUCAGAAGGAAACGGCAUCAACCGUGGCUGUUCCGCAUCCCAUCAAGCAACUCGGUGAGGAUCGAGACGAGACGUUUGCCGAAGUGAUCAACUAUGGAGACAUAUGUGCAGCAAAGCCAAAAUCGGAGGAGUAUGCAAGAAAUUGUAACUUGGGCAACGGCGGGAGCAGCAGCGGCAGCAAAUAG